GUGUUCUGUGCUGUAUAGUAACUGCCAAUCGUAUUGCAUUUUGAUAUUUUUGAAAACUCAGGUUUAUUGAUGAAAAAGUGAAUUCAAUUUUAUUAAAGCUAUAGAAAACAGGAAUGGCCUUCAGUGAAGUUUGUAGAAUUUGUUUAUGCGUUAAUGUUAGCAUGCUUGUACUAAAGAAGACUAGUCUCCGAAAUUUGUACAAAACAUUGACGAACAGUUUUAUGGAUGAGGAUGAGGAGCCCAUUAUUGUCUGUUUCACCUGUCAUGCAAGACUCAUUCGUUGCAGAACAUUACAACAACAGGCUAUUGAGUCAAAAGCAGUUCUGGAGCAGUUGCUUGCAGGAGGGUCCAUGUCAAUACCAAAAUGGCAUGAGGCUAGAGAUAAGAUUCAAUUCACACCAAUUAGUCAUAUAGAUAUCAGGCCAGUAGAGUGUGAUAUAGAACAUGAUUGUAAGAACGAAAUGUUUAGCCUUGAAUCUGUGAAAGUUGAGGAAGAGAAUUUCGAAAAUGAGUAUUACAAUUUUGAACAAAAUGAGAAUCAUGAAACAGGUAAGAUAUGCACAUUUUGUGAUAUUAUUAAAAUAAGCUAAAAGUUACCUAAUGGCAAGUGGUUACUGUAGCUCAUGGACACAAAAUAAUAUUAUAGUGACAUAUUGGGGCUUGCUGUGUAGUGGUGGUUACGAAUAUCCACUACCCCAUGUCUUCCCGUGGGUGUCCUAAAAGGCGACAAAGAGAAACAGGCAAGAGAUGGGCAGCAGCAUCUUCCUGAUAACAGCAAAAAUACAAUAAAAAAACUGCAGUUGCCAACCAGCUCGCCAAGCGUGGCAACUAUGGCAAAUAUGCCCCUAUGAAUGUAACAAAGAGACGGCCCCCAGUCCCCGGCGGCCCCGCUAUUCCUGGCUACGGUGGUGACCAUGGUUACGGAGGGGCAGGAGGUGCUAAGAAUCUCUGGUGGAGGUUCGGUUGCCACCUAAGACGACUCGACCUGGCAACAUACAACGCAUGCAUUCUGAGGACUGACGAGAAGAUUGUGGAGCUGGAAGAAGAGAUAGACAAGUUAUGCUGGCAUAUUAUAGGAUUAUCCGAAGUCCGAAGAGAGGAGGAGGACACGGUAAUCCUCGAAUCCGGCAACUUGCUCUAUCACCGGGAGGGCGACCAUCUGUCCUAAGGAGGUGUCGGAUUUAUCGUCCACAAGUCUCUCGUUAACAACGUUGUAAAGAUUGAGAGUGUGUCGACGAUGGUUGCGUACCUUAUACUCAGAAUCACCAAACGGUAUUUGCUGAAGGUCAUACAGGUUUACGCACCAACCUCGGCACACCCCGAUGGGGAGGUGGAGGAAAUGUAUGAGAAUAUCUCUAGAGUCAUGCAUUCCUCCGAAACCCAAUAUACGGUGUUAAUGGGAGACUUCAAUCCAAAACUAGGCACAAGAGAGAGCGGUGAGCUGAAAGUAGGGAAAUUUGGAAUAGGGCAACAUAACCCAAGAGACCAGCAGCUGGCCGACUUCAUGGAGAAAGAGGGACUCUUUAUGAUGAACUCUUUCUUCCAGAAGCGGCCCCACAGGCAGUGGACCUGGUCGAGCCCCGACGGUUCGACAAAAAAUGAGAUUGACUUCAUUAUGACGACCAGACGACAACUGUUCAGUGAUGUCUCCGUGAUCGCGAGGGUGAAAACUGGUAGCGAUCACCCAAUGGGCAGAGGCACACUGAACCUAAACGUUAAGUUGGAGAGGUCUCGUCUAAUGAAGUCAACACUCCGUCCCCCUCGUGCUCUGUUCCGAAUCCCGAAACCUUUCAGCUCGAGUUACAAAACCGUUUUCAGUGCCUAGGAGACUGCAAUGAAGUGGACGAUAUGGAUGACAAGCUUGUGGAAACUGUCCAUGCGGUCGGAGCUUAGUUCUGCAAAACCCGCCGCAGAAGAACACAAAAACUUUUCGAUCACACUCUUAAUCUCAUGGCUAUUAGACGGGAGAUGAAGCUUCAUUCUUCAACAGAUUUGACAGCAUACAGACAACUGAACAGACAGAUGUCUAAAUGCUUGCGACGGGACCUACGCAACUUCAAUACAGCUUGUAUUGAAGAAGCAAUCGAGCGGAACCAAGGCUCCAAAGUCUUUGCCAGGGAUCUGUCUACCAGAAAGAGCAAACUGUCAAAGCUGAAGACCGCAUGUGGCAGCAUCGUUUCCGGGACACCUGAGAUUUUGAGUGAGAUUGAGAGGUUCUAUGGACAGCUGUACACGUCAUCGUUGGAGCCACACACAAGUGUGAGUAACGAUCCAAGAGCGAGUCUUAUCCGACACUAUUCCGAAGAUAUCCCGGACGUCAGUCUGAGCGAGAUUAGAAUGGCUCUCCAGCACCUUAAAAACGGAGAGGCCGCAGGCGAGGAUGGAAUUACAGCGGAGCUUCUGAAAGCGGGUGGAAAACUGGUACUUGAAGUCCUUCAAAAGCUCUUUAAUUCCGUCCUCCAUGGCGGCAUUACACCGGAGGCGUGGAAUAGAAAAGCGGUGGUCUUGUUCUUCAAGAAAGGUGACAACGCUCUCUUGAAGAACUACAGACCGAUUUCCCUUCUGAGUCGCGUCUACGUGCUGUUUUCGAGAGUCAUUACGAAUCGUCUCGCGCGCAGACUUGACGACUUCCAGCCUCCCGAACAAGCCGAUUCCCGAAAGGGCUUUAGCAUUAUGGACCACAUGCAUACCCGUCGGCAAGUUGUACAGAAGUCCGAAGAGUACAAUUUGCCACUAUGUCUGGCGUAUGUGGACUAUGAGAAAGCCUUUGAUUCCGUCGAAAUUUGGGCGGUGCUGCAGUCCCUUCAGCGGUGCCAAGUUGACUGUCGGUAUAUCGAAAUGUUGAAGUGCUUGUACAGUAGGGCUACGAUGGCUAUCCGAGUACAGAAUCAGAGUACGAAACCUAUCCAAUUGCAGAGAGGUGUAAGACAGGGUGACGUCAUAUCCCCGAAACUCUUCACCGCUGCAUUGGAAGACGUUUUCAAGCUUCUGGACUGGAAAGGAUACGGUAUCAACAUCAAUGGAGAGUACAUCACUCACCUUUGAUUUGCCGACGAUAUAGUCCUUAUGGCAGAAUCGCUGGAAGGCCUAAGCACUAUGCUCAAUGACCUCAAUAGUGUUUCCCAACGGAUAGGUCUUAAGAUGAACAUGGACAAAACAAAGAUCAUGUUUAAUGUCCAUGUCACACCUAUGCCGGUAGUUGUUGGGAGCACUAAGCUCGAAGUUGUUGACGAUUAUGUUUACCUGGGACAAAUAGUCCGACUAGGUAAGUCCAACUUCGACCGAGAGGUCAAUCGACGGAUUCAACUCGGCUGGGCAGCGUUCGGGAAGCUACGACACAUCUUCUCGUCAGACAUACCUCAAAACCUUAAAACGAAAUUGUACAACCAGUGCGUGUUGCCAGUGAUGACUUACGGAACUGAGACGUGGUCCUUCACUGCUGGCCGUAUGAGGAAGCUCAAGGUCGCUCAGCGAGCUAUGGAGAGGGCUAUGCUCGGAGUUUCUCUGCGUGAUAAACUUAAGCUCGAAGAACCGACAACCGAUGGGGAAGAAAGGUUCGCGAGUGGCAGCCUCGUACCGUUAGGCGAAGUGUAGGGCGACCCCCCACGAGAUGGAGUGACGACCUUGACGUGGACCGUGCUUUGUGGCAUUCCUUGGGGGAGGCCUAUGUUCAGCAGUGGACUUAUGAAAGGUUGUAAUGAUGAUGAUGAAAUGAUGAUGGUUGGGGCGGAUUAGGCCGUGUGUUCCAGACGGGUACCAAUAUACUCGACAAGGCGCCUUUAACUCUAACGUUACGCAUUCUUAAUAGAAUGGCUGAAGACAUUGACUUAUUCUGUUACACCUUGAGUGAGUUCACUAGGGUAGGAUUGUCUACAAUUUCUUACAGUUAAUGACCACAUUUUGUUUUGCAUGAGAACAACUACGCUGUCGCAUUAGGUUAUUCCUAUCAAAUAAUGAGCUUCCUUAGAUAUUUUUUUUUAACUUAUUUAUUAACAUCCCAUCCCGCGGUGUGAGUGCUCCAUGCCGGAUGUGCUGUUCUCACAGCGCUCGGUUCGCAAAGCACUGCUCUCCCUGGACAUCCAGAAGUCGAGUGGGCCUGACGGAAUCCCCCCAAUUGUGCUGAGGACGUGUGCUCCGGAGUUGGCACCGGUCCUAACGCGUCUUUUCCGGUACUCCUACUCCCAAGGCGUAGUCCCGAAUUCAUGGAAGACAGCUUUUGUCCACCCGAUCCCUAAAAAAGGCGACCGCUCAGACCCGUCCAACUAUAGGCCUAUCGCGAUCACCUCCUUGUUCUCCAAAAUAAUGGAAUCCAUUAUUAACUGCCAGCUCAUCCGGUACCUUGAGGAUCACCAGCUGAUUAGUGACGGCCAAUACGGUUUUCGUCGGGGUCGAUCAGCGGGUGAUCUUCUAGUCUACCUGACCCAUAGAUGGGCGGAGGCCAGUAGAGUCCAAGGCGGAGGCGUUGGCCGUUAGUCUGGACAUUGCGAAGGCCUUCGAUCGGGUUUGGCACAAAGCGCUACUUUCGAAGCUCCCUUCCUAUGGGCUUCCCGAGAAAUUGUGCAAUUGGAUCACCAGCUUCCUUGCAGAUCGGAGCAUCAAGGUCGUUGUAGACGGUGCAUGUUCUGACUACAAGCCUAUUAACGCUGGUGUUCCACAAGGCUGUGUGCUAUCACCAACGCUGUUUCUUCUGCAUAUCAAUGAUAUGUUGCUAACUGGUAACAUUCAUUGCUAUGCGGAUGACAGCACUGGUGAUGCUCUAUACACCUGCCGUGCCAAUAUUUCUCGGGAAAACGUCGCCAAGUACCAGAACAAACUUGUGUCUGAAGUCGAGUCUUUGCUGAACAAAGUCUCGGAUUGGGGGCGACUAAAUCUAGUCCAGUUUAUUCCUCAGAAGACACAAGUUUGCGCGUUUACCGCUAAAAAGAACCCCUUUGUCGUAUCUCCUCAGUUUCAAGGCACUCCCCUUCUUGCCUCAGCCAGUAUCGGUAUCCUCGGAGUCGACAUAUCGAGUGACGUGCAGUUUAGUGGUCACUUGGAAGAGAAGGCCAAAUUGGCCUCUAAAAAGUUUGGCGUGCUCAGCAGAGCGGGACAGUAUUUCAUGCCGGCACACCGCCUGCAACUUUACAAGGCGCAGGUUCGGCGAAGAGAUGUUGCAUCCCUUUGCAUUUUCUUUCGCAUCUACCAUGGGGAGUGCUCUGAGGAAUUGUUCGGAUUAAUCCCAGCCGCCAAAUUUCACGAACGCACAUCGCGGCAGAACUCCCGAUACCAUCCACACCAUCUGGAUGAUUGGCGGUCCACCACUGUAUGAUUUAGAAGAUGUUUUCUUCCUCGCACGACUUCCUUGUGGAAUCGAUUACCAUCAGCGAUUUUUCCGGACCGAUACGACUUAGGGACCUUCAAGAAAAGAGCGUACUCCUUUUUAAAAGGCCGGCAACGCAUCUGCAAUUCCCUCCCUGGUGUUGCAGUUGUUCAUGCGCGGCGGUAGUCACUUACCAUCAGGUGAGCCGCAUGCCUUCGGCCCAUUGCCACUUCAGCUUAUUACACUUAGUUUAUGAAACAUGCAGUAUGGUAAUGAAGGGGUUGGCUCAUGCCCAUAAGCUGUGUGAUAACUGUAAUAAUCGAGUCGCUUGAAAAAAAUAUCAGUAAUUAUUUUAUACAUAUAUUGAGUGAGAAUCUGACAAUUCUAGAGAAUUCUGAAAAACAAGAAGAUUUGGAGAUCGAUGCUUUUGAAGAUAGACAUACGGAUUCGGAGUACGACUUGCCGCUAAUUGCAUUUGGUUC